GGAGGACGAGAUGGUUAAGCCUUUCACAGUAAGAUCAAUGUUAAAAGGAGCUGUGUGUGUGCUCAGCAUUUGUUUUUGACUUUUCUAGUUGCUUGGAAAUCUUUAGGGGGAGAUUGUGGUUCAACAGUAUAUGCCACAUUGAAGUGGUAUGCAUCAAUGGGAAGCUGGGAACCUGAUGAUUACUUUGAGAUGCAGUGUGCAGUGUUUCAAGUUGUUCUAGUCAUAAAUAAUGAAUUAAUUGUUGUUGAAAGUGUAAAAGGGCUGAGAACAUUAUGAUGGAAGUAUAUGAAGUUCACCAUGCUCUAUUAUGUCUCGUAAGUUGUUGCCGCUUUUUUGUGUUGUUACCAUUUAUUACACAGAUUUGGUGCUAAAUUUACCCUCGAGAAUUGAUGAAAAUCUCAAAUCACAAAUCCCUCAAAAAUACAAACUUUGUUGAAGAACACCAUAGAAAAAUCCAUGCUAUGAUUUGCUAUCAAAUUGGAUGGCGAGCACUUCUGGAAACUGCUCAGAAAGUCCCUUAUUGUUCAUAUACCUAGGAAAGCCAUACAUCCUCUGAAUACUCUAGGUCUCCAGUUUUAGUUUCAGGUCAUUUUAUACAGUGACGUCAAGUUUCAGAAAAUGGUUUCACUAUGUGAAAUAGCUACUAAAUGGAGAAUAACCAGAAUAAGAUGUUUGAGCUCAUUGGAUCAACAAUAGUUUCAGCUUUCCAGUGAUACCAAAGUUCUGCUAUUUCAAGACUAUUUAGAGACCCCAGUAUCCAGAAAUAUUCAAGUGGACCAUUUUUAGAAAAGGUGUAUAAAACACAUGUAUACUGCAGUCAAACAACUGCAUGGUUUUUGACCAAAACUGCAUUGGAUAAGCAUAAAGUAGGUAUGUCUGUAACAUAGAAGCAGUUUCAUUCACAUAUCUUGCGGGGCGAGAGGCUUCAAAACUGAGGCAACUACAACCUCUGAAAGACGGUGAUCGCCGGCAAUCCCGGGGUUCUGAGAGUUGGUGAAGCAGCCAAAUCUUGUUCGCUUGUUCCUCUUAAACGUUUUACUCAUUCCCUAUCGGAUCCAUCAGGCAGUCAGAUCUAUUCUUUUCAUGGGCUCUGCUAAAUAUCUGCUAUGCUCUAGAAUUCAGCAAUAUGAGUCAUGAACAUGUUGUGAUGAUUACUAUAAACAAAUAAUGUAAAUGCUCAAUUAUCUUUAUUCUCUCCGUCAUCCCACCUCCCGUCUUUUAAAGACACACAGGCACACAAAAUAACUCCCAUCAGGGUGCUCAACAGUUUGCACGGCAGCCGCUUGGGACACAAUAUCCUCUUGUUUGUUGAGCGUCUCUCUGCGUCACCAGUGCUAAAAAUACAACCCCUCCACUACCAGCUCUCUCCCUCCCUCCCUCCCUCCCUCCCAGCUCACAUUGUGUGACUCUACUUUACCGUCUUAUCCGCGGGGGGAGGGAGGGAGGGAGAGGGGAGGAACUCUAAUCCGGGGUGUUUUACUGACUUCAGCGGGCAGGAGUGAUGUCAUUGUGAUGUCAAUGCCUGUAAUUGUAAUCGGGCUGCAAAGUUGACGAGUGACCACUCCGACGCGGAGAGAGCUGAGAGGGAAAAGGGAGGAGGAGAAAGAGGCUCUGGCGAAGCAAAGGAGUGAGGGUAGAAGAGUGUUUGGCUGCCGCGGUGCUGGAUUAUUGGAAAGAAGAGAUGGCUGUGACUGGGGAUGAGACUGAGUCAGCUGCCACAGGAGACAUCCCCGCCUACCAGCUGCGUUCGCCCAACUCGGGCCUGGCUCAUAGCAUCGUGAUGGCAGCGUCCCCGGGGUCCAUGCAGAACCCCCCACCGCGCUCUGAAGACACCACCCGCAAGAGGGAGGUCCGACUGAUGAAAAACAGGGAGGCAGCUCGUGAGUGCCGCAGGAAAAAGAAGGAGUACGUGAAAUGCUUGGAAAACCGUGUGGCUGUGUUGGAAAACCAAAACAAGACCCUGAUUGAAGAGCUGAAAGCGCUGAAGGACAUUUACUGCCACAAAGCCGAGUAGCAGCGGCCGUUUCUGGUCACGAGCCAAAGACGGCGCCGUUUACAAAACUGCCACAGCAAAACGACAAAAAAAGAAAAGACUUUGGAACAAAAACUUUGUUGUCUCCGCUCACUCAGGCCUGGUGUCCCGGGAAUUCGAACAGCUUGAGCUUUGCCAGUUAUUGCCCUUGUUCUUAUCUUGCGCUCUUCGCAUGUGAAGCGUCGCACGCGCUUCGCUCGCUGUAGCUUUCGUGCACGCCGACGAGAGGCAGUUGAAGGACAGGAACCGGAAGAGGAAAUACAGGUGCUUCCUGAAAACAUAGUGAGGGGUUAAAGAGAGAAAGAAAAAAGACCCGGCAGGUCAGCCGGGUCUCGCUGCCGGCAAGUCCCUCUGAGGUCAGACGAGGUGCACGCAAAGCUACGCAGACGCAACUCCACCGUGUUUACCCGACAACGUCAUCUGCGUCGUCUACGCUUCCGUUGUGGGCCGUGUCAUGCAUUCCUUCAUGCAAAAAAACCAAAACACUUUGAGCUUUUUGUUUGUAGAGCGAUUUGGAUCUUUUUGUAUAGACGUUCUUUCGUUUGGUCAAUAAAAAAAAAAAAAAAAAAGGUUCUUUCAAGACGCACGUGAAGAAUUCAAGAUGGCGGUUUAUGCACAGAGCUGCAAACAUGUUUCACACCAAAGUAGCGGCCGGGGCUUUAUCUGAAUCAUUUUUCGUCUCUACAGUGAGUUGAUUGUAACAUUUGAAAUGACGCAACUGCUCGUCAGUCAAAGCACAGAAAGUACCAGAAUAUGUAUUCUAUUACAUUUAUUUGAGGAAUUUCACUCCACAAGUUUGUAUAUUAUUUUAGAAAGCAAAUGUAACCAAGUGGCUAACAUGCGACACAAUUGAAUCGACUAUUCUCUACGGAAUAAAACUUUUGUAAACAGACAUCUGAAGAUAACUCACUGCUUUACUGUCACGCAAGCGUCUUUUUCACAUCAUAGAUAUCCAUUGUGGUGUAAAACUGUAUUUGAUUAUGGCUGGAUAUUAAAAUGCUCUGUUUUAAAGGGUGAUGCCAAUUUCUUUCCUUUCCUUUUUAAAAAAAAAAAUGUAAAGACAUUUUAUUUUAAUGAUAAUAUAUCGUGUUGUGUUGAU